AUGAAAGGAACUACCAUGAAUUUUCGUAAAACUCCCAGUAGGGAUAAUGUAGUUAAGGCAGUGGAGAGUUUGGCCAGGCCAGAAACGCCUCCUCCAAAGUUUGUGGAAGAAUCGAAUUUGGAAUUUAAUGUCUUGGCCAGCGAAAAGCUACCUAACUAUGCCAAUUUGGAUAUUUUUCAUCGGGCUGUAUAUCCAUUCAUGUUUUUGGCACAGUGUGUAGCUAUUAUGCCCUUGGUGGGCAUCCGGGAAUCGAAUCCCAAACGCAUUAGAUUUGCUUAUAAAUCAAUACCCAUGAUUGUUACCCUGAUCUUUAUGACUGCCACAUGUAUAUUGUUUUUAAGCAUGCUCAGCCACCUGCUAAAGAUUGGCAUUACAGCUAAGAAUUUUGUGGGUCUCGUUUUCUUCGGCUGUGUGCUGUCGGCCUAUGUGGUUUUUAUUCGCCUGGCUAAAAAAUGGCCAGCUCUUAUAAGAUACUGGACCAAAACGGAAAUGGUCUUUACCAAGCCUCCAUAUGAAAUACCCAAGAGAAAUCUUUCGCGUCGCGUUCAAUUGGCUGCCUUGGCCAUAAUUGGCAUGUCUUUAGGUGAACACGCUUUGUACCAAGUAUCAGCUAUUCUAACCUAUAAACGACGUAUUCAGCUGUGCGUUAAUAUUACUACUGUGGCCAGUUUUGAUAAUUACAUGCAAACCAACUACGACUAUGUGUUUCAGAUGCUUCCCUACAGUCCCAUCAUCGGUGCUCUUGUUCUAUUGAUCAAUGGUGCCAUCACUUUUGUGUGGAACUACAUGGACCUUUUUAUCAUGAUGAUAAGCAAGGGUUUGUCCUACCGAUUCGAGCAAAUAACUGGACGGAUUCGAAAAUUGGAACAUGAGGAGGUCCUCGAGUCGGUGUUUAUCCAAAUCAGAGAGCAUUACGUCAAGAUGUGUGAAUUGAUGGAAUUUUUAGAUAGCGCAAUGUCCAGUCUUAUAUUGCUUUCGUGUGUUAACAACCUGUACUUUGUGUGCUACCAGCUGCUUAAUGUUUUCAACAAGCUGCGCUGGCCCAUCAACUAUAUAUACUUCUGGUACUCUCUACUAUAUCUGAUUGCACGUACCGCCUUUGUGUUCCUCACGGCAGCGGACAUCAAUGAGGAGUCCAAGCGGGGACUGGGAGUUCUGAGGAGGGUUUCCAGUCGCAGUUGGUGCGUGGAGGUGGAGCGCCUGAUAUUCCAGAUGACCACCCAGACAGUUGCCCUUUCCGGCAAGAAGUUCUACUUCCUCACACGCCGACUGCUCUUUGGAAUGGCCGGAACUAUUGUCACCUACGAACUGGUCCUUCUGCAAUUCGAUGAACCCAAUCGACGCAAAGGACUGCAGCCCUUGUGCGCCUGA